AACAUCUUCUACAAAACUUGAUAAUAUAACAAUUCAUUCAAAUAAAGCUAGCUAUAUUGUUGUGUAUUUUACUAGAAAUGAAAAUCCUGAACAAAGAUUAGUUAAACAACAUGAAAAUUUAGCUCAAAUUCAUGCUAAAGAAUUAGCACAAUCUAAAAACUACAAGUUAAGUAAAAAGCAAAAAUCUUUUGUUCAAA